GGGGAGGAGCAGCGAGCUGCAGAACUAGCCCACUCCAAGUCGACGGACUUCCGCGAAGUCCUGCCUAUAGUGCCCGGAAGGAAGAAGCUUUUAAGCCUCUGCCAAUCCCGUGAUUUUUUGCAUUGCCAGUGGAAGCGGUUGAAGAGAGAAACCGGAGUAAUGGCUGCGGAAGAACCUGGCACCCGUCUGAUCCAGGUGGCAGAGCAUCCCAGAUUGCUAAAACUGAAGGAGAUGUUCAUUUCUAAGUUUGGAUCCAUUCCUGAGUUUUAUGUCCGGGCACCAGGACGAGUCAAUUUAAUAGGAGAGCACAUAGAUUAUUGUGGCUAUGCUGUCCUUCCUGUGGCUCUAGAACAGGAUAUUCUAAUAGCUGUUGAACCUGUGAAAAGUCAAACACUCCACUUGACCAAUACGAAUCCCAAGUACCUGGAUUUCAGUACCAGUGUUAAUGAUAUUCACAUUGAUAAGACCAACCCCCAGUGGCACAACUAUUUCCUUUGUGGAUUUAAAGGAAUCCAGGAACAUUUCAACCUCAAGAAUCCUAUUGGAAUGAAUUGCCUGUUGGAUGGAAUCAUCCCCCCAAGUUCUGGCCUUUCCAGUUCCAGUGCCCUGGUUUGUUGUGCUGGGCUUGUGACACUGAGAGCUAACAAACUGAGUCUCUCCAAGGUAGAACUGGCAGAAAUCUGUACCAAAAGCGAGCGUUAUAUUGGCACUGAAGGAGGAGGCAUGGAUCAGUCCAUAUCAUUUCUUGGAGAGGAAGGAAAGGCCAAGUUAAUAGAAUUUAAUCCUCUGAGAGCCACUGAUGUUCAACUUCCAAGUGAAGCAAGUUUUGUGAUUGCUAACAGUUGUGUUGAAAUGAACAAGGCAGCAACUUCUCAUUUCAAUACUCGGGUAAUGGAGUGUCGAUUGGCUGCGAAGUUCCUGUCUAAAUACAAAGGCCUGGAAUGGAACAAAGCCGUGUGCUUGGAGGAAGUACAGGUCACACUAGGAUUAAGUCUAGAGGAAAUGCUGUUGCUAGUGGAAGAAGUCUUCCAUUCAGAACCUUACAGCCCAGAAGAAGUCUGCAGUUACCUAGAAAUUAGCAUGGAGGAGCUCAAGACCACAAUCCUUUGCAAGAAAACUCAAGAUGUGCUUGUCUUCAAGUUGUACCAGCGUGCAAAGCAUGUGUUCAGUGAGGCAGCCAGAGUGCUGCAGUUUCAGAAGAUCUGCAAGGAAGCACCUGCCAAUGCCAUCCAGCUGCUGGGAGACCUGAUGAACCAGAGCCACGGGAGCUGCAGGAACCUGUAUGAGUGCAGCUGCCCCGAACUGGAUCGGCUGGUGGAUGUCUGUCGGCAGUUUGGGGCUCAAGGGUCACGACUGACUGGAGCAGGAUGGGGAGGCUGUGCUGUAUCAUUGGUACCUACUGACAAGCUGCCUGACCUUCUAGCAAAUGUGCAAGAAGCUUAUUACCAAAGCAACAAGGGCAUGUUAGCUGUGGAGAAGCAGUGUCUGUUUGCUACCAAACCUGGAAGUGGGGCUUUGGUUUUCCUUGAGGCCCAAACAAUGUAAGAAUUGCAAAGAAACUAUUUAGGGCAUUUAGGAACUGGCAGGACUUCCUAUGCCACGGUAAAUUAAUCCUCUUUCUGUUUUCUAUUAUGGUGAAUGUUUGCUAUUAUCAAGAUAUAUUUCCAAAGAAAUUGUUGAAAGCUCUCUGCAUUUUAUAAUGAACGCUUUUUUCCUUCUUAAAAAUGCUUGUUACAAUUAAUGUCCAAGAUAUUGCUGGGAUGGACCUUUUUAGUGACUGAUGAUUAAGUGAACCUUACCAAUAUGAAAAUAUCAGAGAUUAAAAGAUCAGUGAUGCAAAUAAA